GGUCGGGUGGAGUGGCCGGGCUGGAGCGAGCGGAGAGCGGGCAUGUGGAGGAGGACACUUGUGCUUUAAGUGGCUCCACAGCCCUGGCGGGCUCUCUGAACACCCACGUCAGCAAGAGCCGUGUGGGGGGCUUUAUCCCCCUCACACACACACACACACACACUAACGGGUUUCGGUCUUUCGGGCUAAGCAGGAAGUGAUCAGUUAAAGCUGGAGGGGGUGGGAAACAGCACCACCACUAAAACCGACCAAAGUAGCCUAAAGACAUGGAGAUGGUCUGCGAAAGUGGGACGAGUAGACCGUACCGGACCCCGAGCGAGCCGGGUCAGCAGCUGAUCCACAAAUUCACGAGUGCAGACAUAUCAGCCAAUCACCAGUGCUGCCUCCUGAAACAGCUGGACCAACAGAGACGGAAGCAGCUCUUCUGUGACUGCAACAUCCUUGUGGAGGGGCACCUUUUCCGGGCACACCGUAACGUCCUGUUCGGCAGCAGCGGCUACUUCCGCAUGCUGCUCUCCCAGGGGGCCAAGAGCAGCCUGGAGCCCGUCAGUGCCUCCUUUGACGCUUUUAGCCCCGACAUCUUUACCAUCAUCCUGGACUUUGUGUACUCUGGAAAACUGGAGCUUAACAGCACCAAUAUGAUCGAGGUGAUGUCAGCGGCCAGCUACCUGCAGAUGGAUGACGUCAUCGCCUACUGCAAGUCCUUCAUCAAAUCCUCCCUGGAGAUCAGCACCAAGGAGGAGGACAGCCGCUACCUGUGUUUGUCGGAUGGCAGCGCUUCACGAGACGGUGGUGAGGAUGGCAGUGAAGAGCCCACGGCCUGCGAGGUCAGCACAGCCAAUGAAAACGUCCUUUGGGACCAGCAGGAGGAGGACGACCAGUCUAAAUAUGAGUACCCUGGAGAGGUGACCAGCCCACAGUCCUCAGCCUUGCCGCAGAGCCCCCCGACCCAAUCCAUCAUGGACUCUGGAAUGGAGGAGGAUCAGGCGGUGCAGUUCACGGCGGUGGAGCCCCGGAGGAGGGGGAACAGGAAGAGAACGGCCACGCAUCGCUACGCUCCAGACGAUUCACCCUUGGACCUCCAGUCUUCUCACAAAGCAGAUGAACUCUAUGCCACCAUGCCCACUAUUUUAGGAGUGGUGGGUGUUUUCAACAAAGACAGCAACCCUUGCAUGCGCUUCAAGUGCCCGUUCUGCACGCACACGGUGAAGAGGAAGGCUGAUCUGAAGAGACACCUGCGCUGUCAUACGGGCGAGAGGCCGUACCCAUGCCAGGCAUGCAGCAAGCGCUUCACCCGUCUCGAGCACCUCCGCAGCCAUUUUGAAACGAUCCAUCAGGCACGGAAGCUGGUGUGUCGGAAGUGUAAGUGUCCGGUAACGGAGGAAAGCGGUCGCGUCGUGUGUGAGGGAACCCGCCGUUACCGGCUGUGCGGAACGUGCAUUCACGAGAGUGGCCUCCUGACGGACGCCACUGACACUAAUGGAGAGGAACCUGGGCUGAUGCUUGGCGUUGAAGAGGACCUAGAGGAAAACAGGGACAUGGGCUGGGCAAUGGACGACGAUGACCUGGCGGAAGACUCAGGAACUGACCUAAUUAUUCAGGAAGUGGAGGACAGCGAUGAGGAGGCUGCAGCCAAGUAAAAUGUGUGUGUGUGUGAGUGUGAGCGAGAAGUUGGUGCCAGUUAAAUUUAACUUUCUUUGGAAACUCUCUCAAGUUUAAAUCAAAGAAAAUACUAAGUUCUAUAAUGGUAUAAAUGUAUACUUGUAAUAUAAAAUUAUGUAAAUAGAUUAUUUCACAAACACAGUUGCUUAAAUUACAAUUAUGUAAUUGUGUACUGUUGGUUAUAUGAGAAAGAUGAUCAUGCAGUGUUCUAUUUUGCAGAAUACUUAAUAAUUUCUCAGUUAUUUUCUGUAAUUUUAAACAAUGUUUGUACAUGCUUAUUUAUCUACACUUGUACAAUAAUCCUGCUACUUCUAAAGAUUCUCAAGGAUUUGAUGGAAAAGGGAAACCAUGCGCUACAAUAUUUUGUGUUUGAUUUUAUUUAAUUUUUUUUGCAGAACAGUUUGAACAAUCAAGUGUAUUUUUUUUUUGUUUUUAUUCGUUUCAGUUUUGUGAAAACAAAUUUGCACUUAUGUAUCUUCUUUUUAUCAUUAUUGUGUUGUAUUAAGAGCGUUAUUAUGUUAAUUUAUUAUAUUUUUACUUUUUUAAAGAAAAUUUAUACAUUUAUUAUUGCCUUGGAUUAAAACUGUUACGAUUUAAACUA